GGAUCAUAUGACUACAAGAUGAUUGCUCGCAUUAAUCCGUUUUGGUUGACUUUUGAACCACCAAGCGAUACAUCGUAUUAUAUAAUGGGGACCUUGUACACGAUUAUAUUCGUGUUUGGUGUAACCGGCAAUGGAUUGGUUAUCUAUAUGUUUGCUAGAUGCAAAGCAUUACGGACCACUUCCAAUAUAUUAGUUUUCAACUUGUCUCUAAGUGAUUUAAUGAUUGUCAUCAAGUGUCCUGUUGCAAUUUAUAAUAAUUUUAUGCGUGGACCUGCCCUAGGAGAUUGGGGUUGCCGUUUAUAUGCAUUUGCCGGCGGAUUUAGUGGCACAGCCUCUAUUUGCCUAUUGACUGUCAUCUCUGUAGAUCGUUAUAGUGUCGUAGUAAAUCCUUUAAGUCCUAUGCGUUUUAAUUAUCAAUCAAAAUAUUAUUAUUUUCUUGUACUAAUAGCCUGGCUAGAAGCUUUUUUCUUCUCUGUUAUACCGCUACUCGAAGUGGGUCUAUCGGUUUAUGUGCCCGAGGGUUAUUUAACCACCUGUUCCUUUGACUAUUUGGACAAAACCAUGCCAGCACGGGUGUUUAUGUUCUUAUUCUUCUUCUUUGCCUGGUGUAUACCGUUGAUGAUUAUAUUCUAUUGUUAUUUUCAUAUCCUGCGAGCCGUGUUUAAAUCCAAGAAAAUACAAUGUAGUCACAACAAACAAAAAGUUGAAGAACGUUUAGCAUUCAUUGUAUUGCUUAUUAUUGGUUUAUGGUUUUUGGCUUGGACUCCUUACUCCAUAGUUGCUAUGGCAGGGGUUUUUGGCAUGGAGGAAUAUUUGACACCCGAUCGUUCCAUGAUUCCGGCCUUGUUUUGUAAAACAGCUGCCUGUCUGAAUCCGUUUCUCUAUACAAUUUCUCAUAAGAGAUUUCGCAAUGAAUUGCAACGUUUGUUCUGCAAACGUAAACCAAUUUAUCAAUAUUCUAUGACACGUUCUUCCUAUGUUACUCGCUCGACCAGACGUAAUCGCAUUGAUCCGGCGGUGUUGGAUAAUACAAAUGCUAAACAAUUGGAAAAAUAUCGUAAUAAUUUAAAAUCAAAAUAUCUAUAG